AUGGCACCGUACAAGGCUUCGACCCCUCGGCGUGGGGCGCCACAGGCGGUUCGCGCGUCGAACGCUCAAACGACCAAUCCACAGUCCCCCCCAAACCGCGACAAACAUCACAGAGUUGGCACCCCACAACGCACGGGCGCUGGGCGGAGUGGCGCUGGGACACCCACCGUCAGGGCUGGAAGAGUCGGCAGAGGCUUUCGAAAUGAAUCCACACAGCGUGUUGUCCGUCACCAGAAGACCCCAUACGUCUACAGAAUCGGUAUACGUCUCCCCAGGGAGAAACUGCAACAGUUCCCGUGGUACAACGGCAGAGUUCGCAAGUUCUUGUAUGAUGGUGCUGGAUCUUUUGUGACGCUCAAGAUCCCUCGGUUGCAUACCAUCCUCAGCAGCAGCCGUCAAGGGCGAUUUCCUUCAGCCUCUGCUGUAGGACAGAUAGAAACGGCGGCAACAGCAGUCUCUGAAGCUACUUUCUCCCCAUCCCCAGGGACAAUCCUGUCAGGAGCGCCAUCUAUUUUUUCCGAGGUUGAGCCCUGCUCUGAUUUCAGGACUCCCAUCACCGACGAGUCUUCACCACAGGAUACCUGGCCAAACGUCCGUCUCCGUGACGAGUGGAAGGGAGCUGAACAGGAGCUUCUGUCCGCCACAGCUGGAUCAAGCGUUGCACACGAUCACUACCGACCAUUUGAUCACGACAACAAGCACUUGACUGCUCCUGGGACGGUUGAAGAGCCUUUUGCCUUUCCCAACCGCUCCCACUCCGACUUUGAGGAUUUGCCUGUUGCCGGGCGGCUCUUGAGCAACUCCAACACCGACGGCGACGCGAUGGCGCCCGUCAAGGACACCAGCAACGUGCACAAUACUAUCAAAGACAUCAUCCAGCAUCUUACCGAAAUCCAAAUCCAAACCCACGGCUACAUCCCCGCGACCCGAGAUUUGCUGGUUGACAAGUUCUCCGAUCUAACCAACUCCCUCUCUCAAUUAAAGCGCCUCACUUCGCCCACCGAAUCCCCCAACAACUACAUCCACCAAGUCGCGAUAGCUCCCGAGAUAGUGGACUACGUAGACGACGGCCGCAACCCGGAUAUCUUCACCCGAGAUUUCGUGGAGAAUGUGCAGAGAGGGAAUGCAGUGAUCAACGGCAAACAGCAGGCGUUUAGGGACUUUACAGAGAUUUUCGCACAGAAACUGAAGGAGGGGAUUCCAGGCGUGAGCAGGGAGGUGGAUAGGGUGUUGAGGAACGCUGGCUUCGACGAACAACAUGAUGCAACAACGAACGGAGACGAGCAGACGCCUUCGCCGCAGCGUGGGGAAGCCAAUGACAAUGGCCCUGCAAAUGGGUGAUGGCUGGUAGCAGAUUCCAUGUCUAUGAGAAGCGCACUACGCCAGCGAGGAAUGUUGAUCGAUCCAGAGAGAAUUUGCACAUGUACCAAUCUGAGGAGCACUUUGGCCGAGAGGAAUGAAGGUGGAAUCACGGCAAAGUCGUGGUGAUCAUUGCAACUCCCGACAACAGAAUGGUCCUGGAGGUUCGGACGUAAGCGUGCUGAAGCAAUAUGAAGAGCUGGGGGGCAGAAGUCACCGAGGACUAACAUCAACGUUUGGCUGCUGUUUGACAGAGAGCAGAAAGGGUCAUGAGCAAAGGCAAAUGUGUAGCUAGCAUAAGUGCGAGGACUGUUGGACGCGGUGUCAAUGUUCUCGUCGACGAGGCUGAACUGGGCUUGGCCGGAAAAUCUUCGCCGAAGCUCAACCUCCACUGGCGUCAUUAAACAUCCCA